GCGCGGCGGCGGGCGGCGGUGGCGGAGCGGGUGCGGCGGCGGGGGAUGCUGUGGGGGCGCCAUGGGCCCCGCCAUGCAGCCCGCCGAGCUGCAGUUCGCGCAGCGCCUGGCGUCGCACGAGAAGGGCAUCCGGGACCGCGCGGCGAGGAAGCUGCGCCAGUACAUCAGCGCCAAGACCCAGAGGGAGACAGGCGGGUUCACCCAGGAGGAGCUGCUCAGGAUCUGGAAAGGUCUCUUCUACUGCAUGUGGGUACAGGACGAACCCCUCCUGCAGGAGGAGCUCGCAGUCACUAUGUCCCAGCUCGUCCACGUUGUUAACAACUCGGAGGCGCAGCACCUGCUCAUCCGGACCUUCUGGCAGACCUUGAACCGCGAGUGGAAGGGAGUCGACCGCCUGCGCCUGGACAAAUACCACAUGCUCAUCCGGCUGACCCUGCGGCAGUCCUUCGAGGUCCUGAAGCGGAACAGCUGGGAGGAGAGCCGGAUCCGGCCGCUCUUGGACAUCCUGAUGAAGGAGGUGCUGCACCCCGAGAGCCGGUGUCCUGGCGGGGUGAGGGCCCACCUGAUCGCCGUGUACCUCGAGGAGCUGUCCAAGGUCGGGGGGAGUGAGCUUCUGGCGGAUCAGAACCUCAAGUUUAUUGAUCCGUUCUGCAAAAUUGCCGCCAAGACGAAAGACCACACCCUGGUGCAGACCAUCGCCCGGGGCGUGUUCGAGGCCAUCGCUCACCGCUCCCCCUUGGCACUGGAGGCCAGCGCCGAGGACCACAGCGCCAGGGCGGGGGGUGGCCCCCGGUCCGGAGAGGAGCUGGCCGCCUGCGAGGGGCCUCCAGCCGCGGCAGCCGGCAAAGGUCUCCCUCAGCCCAACGGAGCUGCCGAGGACAGAGACGGAGAUGGUGUCCUGGAGGCCGCAGGGCCGCCACUGCAGUUCGACUACAAGGCAGUCGCCGACCGGCUCCUGGAAAUGACCAGCAGGAAGAACACCCCUCCCUUCAACAGGAAGCGCCUCUGCAGGCUCGCCAAGAAGUUCCGGGAUCUCUGUGAAGGUGGUGUCGCCCCUCCGAGCCUGGCCGAGGACCGUCCUGCUGAUGGGGACGACCCAGGCCUGUGUGAAGGACAGCAGAUGGACAGAGGAGAGAAGCAGGGCAGCGGGGACGCAAGAGCAGGUGUGCCCCCAAGUGCCCAGGAGGAGCUGGGCAGAGACCUCCCAAGGAGGAAGAGGAGGAAGAGGAGGCGGAGGAACCUCCAGCCUGAGGCGCCUGUGCCAGCCCCACCGCAGAGCGGGGCCGGGGAGACGUCAGGGGAGGAGCUGCCCCCGCACCAUGGGGCCGAGGAGCCCAGCACGGGGCCCGGCGGUGCCCAGAAGAGACGCGGCGGGGAGCCACCCCCCAUCCACGUGAAGAGGAAACGGCUGCGGAAGAAGGGCCUGCGGGCUGUGGGCGAGCACUCCGGGACCCCCGAGGACGCGGCAGAGGGUGCCCAGGUCCCCAGGAGGAAGCGGAGACUCGGGGCCCUCCCAGCCAGUGGCCUGGACCCCUCCACCUUGCCUCAGCCCUGCCCUGCUGGGAGCUCCCCAGGCAAUAGUGAGGCGCAUGGCCCCCCUCCACAGGGCGACAGCGUCACGCAGAGACCCCCUCCACAGGGCGACAGCGUCACACAGAGACCCCCAGCGCAGGGCGACGGCGUCACGCAGAGAACCCCAGCACAGGGCGGCAGCGUCACGCAGAGACCCCCGCCACAGGGUAACAGCAGCACACAGAGACCCCUGCCACAGGGUGACAGCGACGCACAGAGAUCCCCGCUGCAGAGUGGGAAGAUGAAGAGGAAGAAGAAGGGGGAGCCAGGCCCCCUAGGCCUGUACAGCCCGUCCUGCCCCAGACCUGCCAGCCUGGCAAAGAGGAAGCGCGUGACACCCACACUUGACGCCUGGUCGCCUGUGGCCUCACCAAGACAGCAGGGCCCCGUCGUCCUGUCUCUGGGGGGCAGCGGGGCACUCGGCCCUCCCAGGAAGAAGCAGCUGAGGACAGAGAAGGACUUCGUGCGGUUCAGCGCCCCUGUCCUGCCCAAGCCGCUCUUCUGCCGGAAAGCCAAGAGCAGCGCGGCCCCCUGUGCCCCGCGCCCCCCCGUGCAGCCCAGCAAAACGCCGCCCGGCACCAAGAAAGUCACGUUUGGUUUGAGCAGAAAUAUGACGGCAGAGUUCAAGAAGACGGACAAGAGUAUCUUGGUGAGCCCCAUGGGCCCCUCCCGAGUGGCCUUCGACCCCAAGCAGCGGCCCCUCCACGGGGUGCUGAAGAGCCCGGCGAGCUCCCCGGCCAGCAGCCCCCUGACCACCAAGAAGCUGCUGCUCUCCACGCCCCAGAGGCGGCCGACGGCCAUGGACUUCUUCUAGCACCUUUCCUUGAGGUUUUGUACAGUCGCGUGUAAAUUAUAACUUUCCACGUGGGCUUUUUCCA